AGUGCGCGGAGGGGCCAAGUUCUCUCUUUGUAGCCCAGACCGGCUGACAACUCGUGAUCUUGCCGCCUCGCCUUCCUGAGUGCAAAUAUAUGACCUUGGCUUUGAAACAAAGAACAAAGAGCCAGUUCACGUGCCUUGGCAACAGUAUUGGCCAAAUAAUGUCAGUUGCAUUGUGGGAACUGCAGUUCCUGUGACCCGGAUAUGUCGACACGAGCUGACGAGCUGACGAAACGUCUUUCGUUCUGUACUGAUCUGGACCUCCGUGGAACUUAAACUGUUUCACAAUGCAAAGUUUACCACAUUGCUACAACCUCUAGGCAUGUGCGACAGGUCGACUCCGAACACCAACUGGAGCCUUACCUUUUCUUACCGGUUUGCACACUCUUCUGGAGGCUGGAGAUCCAGCUCCGUCCCUAUUCACGAGCUGAGAACCGCAUGAACUCACUGCCUACCAGCAACGGGAGAUGGGCCGGACAUCAAAAGAUAAACGGGAUGUCUACUACCGUCUGGCCAAGGAGAAUGGCUGGCGAGCCCGGAGCGCUUUCAAGCUACUUCAACUUGAUGAGGAAUUCCAGCUCUUCCAAGGAGUGAAACGAGCAGUUGACCUGUGUGCAGCCCCAGGUAGCUGGAGCCAGGUGCUGAGCCAAAAGAUCGGGGGCCAGAGUUCUGGUCAGGUGGUGGCUGUGGACUUGCAGGCCAUGGCUCCCCUCCCAGGUGUGACACAGAUACAGGGGGACAUCACUCAGCUUUCCACUGCCAAGGAGAUCAUCCAGCACUUUGAGGGCUGCCCUGCUGACCUAGUCGUGUGUGACGGGGCUCCUGAUGUCACUGGCCUCCAUGAUGUGGAUGAGUACAUGCAGGCCCAGCUUCUGCUAGCUGCUCUCAACAUUGCCACACAUGUCUUGAAGCUAGGGGGCUGCUUUGUAGCCAAGAUAUUCCGAGGCCGAGAUGUAACGUUGCUCUACAGCCAGCUGCGCAUCUUCUUCUCCAGUGUGCUCUGUGCCAAGCCCAAGAGCAGCCGGAAUUCCAGCAUCGAGGCCUUCGCUGUUUGUCGGGGUUAUGACCCUCCUGAGGGCUUCAUUCCAGACCUGACCAGACCCCUGCUGGACCACUCCUACGAUUCAGAUUUCAACCAGCUAGAUGGUCCCAGCCGUUUUAUUGUGCCCUUUGUGACCUGCGGAGACCUCAGCGCCUACGAUUCAGACCGCAGUUACCCUCUGAAUCUGGAAGAUGGCUCCGAGUACAAAUAUACUCCACCCACACAGCCCCCCAUCGCACCCCCAUACGAGGAGGCCUGUAAAUUGAAGAAGAAUAGACAGCUGGCCAAGGAGUUCCUCCCCCAGGAAUGCUGCAUCAACAGAGGAGACAGCUUGCCCCAGCCUCUGGCUGGCCCUCAAUGCCACACCCUGCUGGCUCCCAAGGUAGAAGACAAUGAAAUGAAUUGUUCACCUUAACAAAUUAAGGGGUUUGCAGCAAAAGGCAAACUGGUACCAGCUUAGAAGCUGCUGCCUGCCGGGAAAACCAGAAGCUGGCUUGACGCUGCGUGUGUUUGCACGGUAAUCCACGGGACCUGAGCGGACAAGCCUAGAGAGGAAUCUGCAGCAGCUCUGUGACAAGCAAGAAA